ACCCUCCCUUCCUCUCAAGCCUUGCAAGUCAAUUAUCAUUUAUCAUUUUUCUCCUCUCCGUACGACGUCGUCUUAAAUACCCCCAACAACCGUCUCCUUUCUCUUUCUAGUUUUUACCCCCUUACAGUAACCCUAACUGGUAGUGUUGUUCUACACUUCUACAGUCAUUUUAACCUCUACAUACUCUUAGAACCAUAAGUGGUUCAAAUGUUAGAGACAAGUGAGGAGUUAGAAACAGUUUCUGAAGCGGUUAAUUCUAGUCAAAGCUCCAUGAGUAGCGAGAGUUGCACUAGCUUUAGCCGCUUGUCAUUCGACGUGUUAGACCUAGUACCGCAGCCUAGACCACUGUACUCACCGGAGAGCCUGGUGGUUAAGCCACACAGGUCUUCAGAGUCAUCAUGGCAGGCGAUUAGGUCUAUGGUGCUCAAGAGGACUGCUAGUGAAGGAGUUUGUGGCAUGGAUGGAAAUAGUAGUUUGAGUUUUAGAGAUUUUUGCCUCGUACGGCAGAUCGGAAGUGGUGAUAUCGGAAAAGUUUACCUAUGCAGGUUACGGAACGAAGAUGUUGAAGAGAAAAGGUGUUAUUAUGCCAUGAAAGUUGUUGACAGAGAAGUGCUCGCGUUGAAGAAGAAAACUCAAAGAGCGGCGACGGAGAGGAAGAUAUUAAACAUGCUCGAUCAUCCGUUUUUACCGUCACUGUAUGCUCAGUUUGAAGCUUCUCAUUUUUCAUGUGUUGUUAUGGAGUAUUGUUCCGGUGGUGAUUUGCAUUCUCUCCGCCAUAAACAACCCCGGAAACGGUUUUCUCUCUCCGCGGCUAGGUUUUAUGCUGCUGAGGUAUUGGUAGCUUUAGAGUAUCUACACAUGCUUGGAAUCAUUUACAGAGACUUAAAGCCUGAAAAUGUGUUGGUCAGAUCAGACGGUCAUAUCAUGCUCACUGAUUUUGACCUAUCGUUAUGCUCUGACGCAAUCCCAGCCGUUCAAUCACACUCUCUCUCAUCAUCUUCAUCACCGGAUCUACCUUCAUCUUCACCGGCGGUUCCACGUCCACCGUCCGGCCACUUUGCUUGUCUCCCAAGUCAACUCUUCAGAUCGAAGAAAAUCCAGUCGUUCUCCGCCGCGAAACGGUUGUUCGUGGCGGAGCCCGUGACUGCGAGAUCGUGUUCCUUUGUAGGAACGCACGAGUACGUGGCGCCGGAAGUUGCUUCCGGCGGGUCACACGGCAAUGCCGUUGACUGGUGGGCGCUUGGAAUUUUCAUAUACGAAAUGGUCUACGGAUGCACCCCGUUUGCGGGUGUAUCCAACGAAGCUACGCUUCGUAACAUCAUAAAAAAGCCUUUGAAGUUUCCAACCGUGUCAACGAUAUCUUCGCGCGAGACGCAAGCGCGUGACCUGAUAUCGAAAUUGCUGGAUAAGGACCCGGAGAGCCGGUUUGGGUCGAAACGUGGGGCGGCGGAUAUUAAGACCCACCCGUUUUUUAACGGGUUGAACUUUGCGCUUAUCCGGUCUGCGACACCGCCGGUGAUCCCACAGCAAAAGACGGCGUCGUCCAGACAUUUUGGUGGGACGACGACGUCGUCGUUUGACUUCUUCUGAGUAGUGAAAUUAGUCAAUUACCAAUGAGGAUAUGUAAAUAUACGUUAGGUGUAGUUCUAUUUUUGAUGAUCAAGAAGGAUUAUACACCAUCUUAAUUUGUAGGAAAAAAUUGUUUAGUUUUUAUUAUCGGAAUUAGAUGCUUACACAUCUUCCUGUGCCUGUUACAUAUUGUGUUUGCUUUAAUUUGACGUGUUAAGAAAAAACCUCGAACUAUU